AUGUUCGAUUUGAACGAUGCUCAAAGCGACUUUGACCCCUUCUCUGACUUUCCCGCGACUCCAGGCCUCCUUGCGAUGUCGUCUUCCCCUACGCCGAUGGAGGAAGUGAUGACCACUGAGGAGUCGGCUUCCAUCCUAUUGUCUUCAACAGACAAAUUCGCGAGCCUGAGCUCACCAUGGAAGGGCAAAGGCGUUUCACGGCCGAUGGACAUUCCUUCUGCGCUGCAAACGGAUCUCCAUGAUGUAUUUGAUGUUGCGGAGGCCUCAACAAGCCAUAGCGACCGGGAAUAUUUCCCAUUAGCCUCCCCCUCAUCGUUUUCAACCUCACAUUCACCCGAUGAUCCUAUACUAGGGUCGAGCUGGAGGGCUCAGGACGCCAUUCCUUCAGGUUCAUUGCCCAAUCCUAGGGAUGUCUUUGACAUGGGCCAACCAGCCGCUACCCAUAUCUUCUCUUCCUUUUCGUCACAUUUCUCCUCCCCUGGUCUCGAAGAAUUCCACGAGCAGAGCUCUACCUCGAUGGAACUUGACGAUGACCCAACACAACCGUCGGGAAGCAAAGGGAAAGGCAAGGAGAAAGAGCUUCCACCCACUCUUCCUCCUUUGAACUUUACCUCGACGCAACUCAGUUAUGAGCAGCCAGAGUCUUCUGGCGAUACGGGGUCGCUCCCUGUUGAUAGUUCUACUUCACUCUUACCCAUUGACCCCAUUCCAGUUCCUCCGGCUCCCAUUGCCAACACCCCGACCACAGUUGCUCGUCCAUUAUUCCGACGUCGGUCUCUCCCUAGCCUCGCUGCCGGCAACUCAACGGUCAAGUCCACCAAGACAUCCCGAACAAGAAGCACUUUGGCGCGCAAACUGCUUUUCAGGAAAUAUGAUGGCGAUGCAUGCCCGACCCCACCUUCGUCGCCUACCGAAGGACUUUCAGUCGAUUUAGGUGCUGGAAAUUGUUUUGCGCCUUGGAGAAAUGAUUCGGUGUUGCGGUUGGAAUACGAUGAGGUCAUACUCAAUCGUCGGCAUCAGUCCUUCCCUUUCCCGGUUUCCCCGCUCGACCUCAUUCCGGGUGUCGCGACCGAUGCUUUCACGCCAAUACCCUUUGAGGUUGUGAACUACUUCGAUGAUGUCUUGCCAAGGGAGCUCCGGGUACAAGUUUUGCUUUCACUAAUUGCCAUACACGAAAUGGACCUAGCACGCGCUAUCCGGGAUGAUCAAUGGACUGCUGUUAAAGCAUCUUCGUCUAGAAACAAGUGGGUCGGACGCGACAAAGCCCUUCGUGACCUCGUUCGAUUCAGCCGGGUCUCCAAAAGCUGGCGAUCACUUGUAUUUGACGGUCAAAUUUGGCGCAACUUCGAUCUGCACGCGUUUCCCAUUCUACCUAGCUCGCUUCUCCUCCAAAUUGCUCAGUCUGCGGGGAGCUUUAUCCGCCAGGUCAACCUUGCCGGUCAUGUCUCGCUUAGUUCGGGCACCCUUAUCGAGGUCACAGACAAUCUCUCCUCGCUUUCUGUCCGUUCUGGCUCUUUGCCGUUCACUUUCAUCACCGGACUGAACUUGCUGGGCUGUUCAUCUAUAACCACGCGUUCAUUACACCACCUUCUCAUCCAAUCGCGGUCUCUGGAGAGACUUUGCCUGAAGGGCCUUUCGGCGGUGACGAACACGACAUGCGAGAUCAUCGGAAUUUACUGUCCGAAGUUGACCACGCUGGAUCUCGGGCGGUGUAUGAAUAUUGACGCGAGUGGUAUUCGCAACCUUGCUGCUACUUUUGUUCUGCGUGGAGAGUAUAUGGCGGUAAAAGAACUUCGUCUUUCUGGGCUCAAACAUGUGGAUGACAGUUCUAUGGCGACUCUCGGGCGGGCAGCACCGUUUCUUGAAGUGCUUGAUCUGAGUUAUAGUCGCGGAUUGCACAACACUGCAAUCGAGGCUUUGGUGGCGUGUCGCGAUGAAGACAAGGAGGAUUUGGCGCACGGAAUCAAGAUCGUGACUCUCAAUGCUCGAGAGGUUGGCAGAACCACCGACGAAGCUACUCAUUUCCGUCGACGCGUCACGAGACUUCGUCAUUUGAUCUUAUCGUCGUGCAUCCUCCUCACCGAUGUAGUGUGCUCUCAUCUUGCAUUUGCCGUCCCCAAAUUGGAGUUUUUAGAGCUGGCGGGAAUUGGCAGCAGCAUUGAAGACGACGGGUUGAUCAGACUUUUGAACACGACUCCGUUGUUGAGGAGAUUGGACCUGGAAGACGCGUCAUCAAUCACUGAUGCGGUCCUGACUGCGCUUACACCACCGUUGGACGAAGAAGAGGAGGGGGAAGGCGAUGUUGUCCUAUCGCCUUUGGAACAUCUCGUUGUUUCUGGCGCCAUGGAACUCACUGACGAUGCUUUCCUUUCCCUGAUCCGUGGCUGCAAGCGACUUCGUGUCCUCGAAGCCGACAAUACCCACAUGGGGCCCAUUGUCAUGAAGACUUUUGUCCGGACGAUUCGUCAGCGCGAACUGAGCAACGCCAAACUAGUUGCCGUGGAUUGCCGUGGAUUUGGGGAGCCUUUACUGAGGGAACUCUCCCCUGCGACGCGACCCAGAUUGGGCUGGGUAUCAUAUGGUGCCAAGGAAUUGGGUUACCUUGAUGCUAGGGACGGGCAAACAGAGGACAUCAAGGCCGGCCACGGGCAGGAUGAGCUGGACGAGAAGCGGGUGGUGGUCAAGACUUUCUAUGGCUGGCAGACGGUGAAUGCCGUCCAAGCUUCGAGAGAGAAGCGGCGGAAAUCGCGAACGAGAAGGACGGCACACGAGAGUUUUGACGGAGACGAGGAAGAAGUCGGCCCCAGUCGCGUGGUUGGCACGCGUUGGUGGUCGCCUGGAGGGAGGAGGUCGCCAGCUGCUGCUGAGAAUGGGGAGGGAGUCGCAUCGGCCUUCCGUCUACCACCACACAUGUCUGUCGAACCAAGCACUCCAGCGCUCGUCGAGUACAAAGGCAACUGCCACUGCGGGGCAUUCAAAUUCUCGUUCAAGGCUCCCGAGAUCACCAAAGCUACAGAAUGCGAUUGUAGCAUUUGUUCCAAGAAAAGCUAUCUCUGGUAUCGUCUCGGCCAAGAAACACUGUUUGUUAUCGAAAAGGGCGACGAGAACACAACACUCGCGAGCUACGAAUUCGCUGAUAAGAGGAUUGCGCAUAAGUUCUGUCCUACAUGCGGCACAGCGGUCUUGGCCCGUCUCUCUGCUGCAAACGGCAACGGUGUCCUCGUCAAUCUUCGAGCUAUUCAGAACCUCGAUCUCUGGUCUCUCCAGCCGAGCGACUCAUUCAAAGGCUCCGAACUAGGCACCGCAUACCAACCCCCACCGCCAGUCAGUCCUGCGAACCCAGUUUCCGAAGAUAGAGCCCUCUACCACGGCAACUGUCAUUGCGGCUCCGUUGCAUAUGUGCUGGCCCACCCAGCCAAGGUCACUGCCGCCCGCACAUGCAACUGCAGCAUCUGCGCCCGGAACGGCGCGGUGUGGAUUUACCCGCAGACAGACGACAUCACCUUCCGUGGCGCCGACGAGUUUAUCACUGAAUACGCUUUUGGGAAACGUGGGGUAUUCCAUGGAUUUUGCAAAGUCUGUGGGGUCCCUAUUUACGCCCGCUUCGUUGGACUGGAUGCCAAAGGCCUCGAUCGAGGUUUCCAUCGGGCACUCAAUCUGCGCAAUGUGAGCAAUGAGGAGCUCAAUUUGAAGGACUUGGAGUAUGACUUGUUUGAUGGCCGUGCGUUGUUAUCGCCUCUAUAUGAGGUGCCUGCGUAA